CCUCCGGCAGCUGGUUCGGAGGUGCCAGCCCCUCCGCGUUCGUGCAUGGAGGGGCGCGUGAAACCCAGGGGCUCGUCCCGCAGCAUGCCCGGGGCGGCCGUGCUGUUCCGCGGCCCCGUGGAGCCCGUCGUCUUCCUGGCCAACUUUGCCGUGGUCCUGCAAGGCCCGCUCACCACGCAGUACCUGUGGCACCGGUUCAGCACCGAGCUCGGCUACAAUGGCACGCGCCACAGGGGAAACUGCGGGAACCAAAGCGCGGAUCCCGUCAUGCAGGAAGUGGAAACCCUGACUUCCCAUUGGACCCUCUACAUGAACCUGGGCGGCUUCCUGGUGGGACUUUUCUGGUCCACCCUUCUGGGAGCCUGGAGUGACCGUGUGGGUCGCCGCCCACUGCUGGUGCUGUCCUCUCUUGGCCUGCUGGUCCAGGUCGUGGUGUACAUCUUUGUGGUGCAGCUGCAACUGCAUGUUGGCUUCUUCGUGCUUGGCCGAGCCCUUUGUGCCCUUCUAGGAGACUUCAAUGGCCUCCUGGCCGCUAGCUUUGCCUCUGUGGCGGACGUCAGCUCUAAACACAGUCGCACCUUCCGCAUGGCUCUGCUGGAAGCAUGCAUUGGUGUGGCUGGGACCCUUGCAAGCCUUCUUGGGGGUCAUUGGCUCCGGGCCCAGGGUUAUGCCAACCCCUUCUGGCUGGCUUUGGCCCUGUUGAUCGUCUUGACUCUGUAUGCAGCAUUCUGUUUUGGUGAGACAGUGAAGGAGCCAAAGUCCACCAGGCUUUUCACGCUCCACCAUCACCGAUCCAUUGUCCGGCUGUAUGCGGUCCCAUCCCCAGAGAAGUCCAGGAAGCAUCUAGCCCUGUACUCAUUGGCUAUCUUCGUUGUGGUCACUGUGCACUUUGGGGCUCAAGACAUCAUGACGCUCUAUGAGCUGAGCACACCCCUCUGCUGGGACUCCAAGCUGGUUGGCUACGGCUCGGCAGCCCAGCACAUACCCUACCUCACCAGCCUGGUGGGCCUAAAACUCCUGCAGUACUGCCUGGCAGACACCUGGGUGGCUGAGAUCGGCCUGUUCUUCAACAUCCUGGGCAUGGUGGUCUUUGCGUUUGCCACCACCACACCCCUCAUGUUUACAGGAUAUGGCUUGCUUUUCCUGUCACUGAUGAUCACACCUGUCAUCCGGGCCAAGCUUUCCAAGCUGGUGAGCGAGUCGGAGCACGGUGCUCUCUUUUCUGCGGUGGCCUGUGUGAACAGCUUGGCCAUGUUGGUGGCCUCUAGUGUCUUCAACUCGCUCUACCCAGCCACUCUGAACUUCAUGAAGGGCUUCCCCUUCCUCCUGGGAGCUGGCCUCCUCUUCAUCCCGGCCAUUCUGAUUGGGGUACUAGAGAAGGCUAUUCCACAUCCUGAAUUCCAGCAGUUUCCGCAGAGUUCCUGAUCUGCUCGAGGCCAUGGAACAGUGGACCUGCACCAGCCAGCCCUCUGAGGGCGGUACUCACUUUGGACAGGGUGGUCAAGCCAGUGAUGGGCAUCACCUGAUCUCCCACUGAGCCAGUCCCUGCAUAGGAUCUAUAGUCUGACCAGGAUACGCCCACUCAGGGCAGCCAUCUGAGGCAAGGGUGUUUCUUUGGUUCCCCCCCCCCCCCUUUUAAACUAUUUGUAAUUCACAAGCCUCCAAAAUGAAGGAGACAGCACUUCAGGGACCAACUGAAGCAUGGGGACCGACCUCUCCUUCCAGCCCAUGGGACUAGGUCCGUGAUGAGUGCUGUGGCCUCCAGUCACCCCUAAUGAUAAGUGUGGUACCUGUGGGGAGACUUGGCCCCAGAGGGAGAAGCACUGUCUGUGGAUGGGAAUCAGCCCUUGACCUCAGCCUGUCCACUGUGACCUCAGCCUGUUCACCUUUGACCUCAGCCUAUCCACCCUUGACCUCAGCCUAUUCACCUUUGACCUCAAUCUGUCCACCCUUGACCUCAGCCUGUUCACCGUGACCUCAGUCUGUCCACCGUGACCUCAGCCUAUCCACCCUUGACCUCAGCCUAUCCACCUUUGACCUCAGCCUGUUCACCCUUGACCUCAGCCUGUCCACCCUUGACCUCAGCCUGUCCACUGUGACCUCAGCCUGUUCACCCUUGACCCCAGCCUGUCCACCCUUGACCUCAGCCUAUCCACCUUUGACCUCAGCCCACACUUGACCUCAGCCUAUCCACCUUUGACCUCAGCCUGUCCACCCGUGACCUCAGCCUGUCCACCCUUGACCUCAGCCUGUCCACUGUGACCUCAGCCUGUUCACCCUUGACCUCAGCCUGUCUACUGUGACCUCAGCCUGUCCACCUUUGACCUCAGCCUGUUCACCCUUGACCUCAGCCUGUUCACCCUUGACCUUAGCCUGUUCACCAUGACCUCAGCCUAUCCACUGUGACCUCAGCCUGUUCACCCUUGACCUCAGCCUGCCCACCCUUGACCUCAGCCUAUCCACCUUGACCUUAGCCUGUUCAUCCUUGACCUCAGCCUGUCCACCCUUGACCUCAGUCUAUCCACUGUGACCUCAAUCUGUCCACCCUUGACCUCAGCCUGUUCACUCUUGACCUAAGCCUGCCCACCCUUGACCUCGGCCUGUCCACCCUUGACCUCAGCCUGUCCACCCUUGACCUCAGCCUGCCCACCCUUGACCUCAGCCCGUCCACCCUUGACCUCAGCCCAUCCACCCUUGACCUCAGCCUGUUCACUGUGACCUCAGCCUGUUUACCUUUGACCUCAGCCAGUUCACCUUUGACCUCAGCCUGUUCACCCUUGACCUCAGCCUGUUCACCUUUGACCUCAACUUGUCAGUUGUCACAGUAUAAAUCAUUUGAGUCAGACUGAAGAGUCACACUGGGCUUUGGGGCUUUCUGUCUUCCCGCUCUCAGCCUGUUUGGCACAGGUCAGACACAAGCAGCUGCUGGGCUGGAGUUCCUGAGUUGCCUGCGGGGAUAGUCCCGGGCAUGUCCCUUCAAACUCCAGCUCUCUAAGGUUCUGAGGGGUGAAGGGAUUGUGAGACAUUCUCAGAGCAGCGGAGACACUUGGGCCCCAGCCCUGGCUGCUCCUUCCUGUGGCUCUGUUGAGUCACUACCCUGCUGG